AUGAAUCCUUCAGUUCCACCUUCAGCUGCUGAAUAUGGUGGAGAUGAGGUUUCGGCUAUUGUCCUGGAUCCCGGAUUCUCAACCACGCGCGCAGGUUUUGCGGGCGAAGACACCCCGAAAUCGCUAAUUCCAACAUACUACGGAACAUACACUUCCGAGGGACAAGAAAAGCUCAUCUUCGGUGAUGACAUCUUCGUCACUCCGCGUCCCGGCUUGUCGAUCCAUAACCCCAUAGGCAGAGAUGGUGUUGUUGAGGAUUGGGACAUGGCAGAAAAGUUGUGGGAGUACUCGUUCACGUCGCGACUUACUGGUGCAAAACCUGGCAAUCCCUUAUACAAUGGCUUGAAUGAUAUACCCGAGGGCGAACUGCCGACUGAGAUGGAGGCUGUGGAAACUGACGAGAAGCCUCUCGCCGAUAGCCCUCUACUGAUGUCCGAGUGCAGCUGGAAUCCCACAAAAGCUCGCGAAAAGACCAUCGAAAUCGCAAUGGAAAAAUGGGGAACUCCAGCUUUCUAUCUUGCUAGGAAUGGCGUCCUGGCCGCGUUUGCUGCUGGCAAAGCUUCUGCUCUUGUCGUCGAUAUCGGCGCUUCCAGUAUAUCUGUCACCCCAGUUCAUGACGGCUUGGUUCUCAAGCGCGGUGUUCAACAUUCGCCCUUGGGCGGGGAUUACAUCUCCUCUCAAAUUCGCUCCCUAUUUAAGUCAAAUACACCACAGCCCGUCACCGUUACCCCCCACUAUUUAAUCUCCUCGAAAACUGCCGUUGAAGCCGGCCAACCUCCCCAAGCCAAAUACAAAACAUUUUCGCCGGAGAAUGCUCCUGGUGCUUCUUAUCGUAACCUCCUCGAAGAGCGAACGCUCUCUGAGUUCAAGGAAUGCGUUGUGCAAGUGUGGCCCGGCCCGACAAGACUCUCCACAACCAAUCCCAACGGCGUUGCCAAUGAGGAGAUAGCCAGAAGCUCUCCAGGGCGGCCGUUCGAGUUCCCUGAUGGCUAUAAUCAGGUGUUCGGCGUCGAUCGUUAUAGGGUGGUUGAAGCGUUAUUCGACGCCAAAGCCGCGAUUCCCGACACCGAUCCUUUGUUCCCCGCGCCAACACAAGCUCAAACGGUUCCGGAACUCAUUAAGGCUGCUUUGAAUGGUGUUGAUGUCGACAUCCGUCCGCAUCUCUUAGCUAACGUCGUCGUAACUGGAGCUUCAAGCUUGCUUUAUGGCUUCACGGACCGCCUCAACCAAGAACUUAUGCAACUCUACCCGGGACCCCGAGUCCGGAUCUCUGCGCCUGGGAACACCUCCGAACGCAGGUUCGGCUCCUGGAUUGGAGGAAGCAUUCUUGCUAGUUUGGGUACAUUCCAUCAAAUGUGGAUUUCGAAGAAAGAGUUUGAUGAGCACGGUCCCAAUAUUGUUGAGAAGCGAUGCAAGUAG